UUUGACUACAAAUGUCAGUGUGACAAUUGCCGUCAAAGUGUUCUUCCGUUUAAUCAAGUGACGCCAUUGUGAGCCGUAACGACUUUUACCUGCAGUGGUUAUAAUCAGGAUUUUCUUUGACGAUCUUGAAACAAUAUAAUUAAAUAAAAAUGUCUGAAGCUGAUAUGCCUACGUUCAAAUGUGUGCUGGUCGGCGACGGUGGUACUGGCAAAACCACAUUCGUGAAAAGACACUUGACUGGAGAGUUCGAGAAAAGAUACGUCGCCACUUUGGGAGUUGAAGUCCAUCCUUUGGUUUUCCACACAAAUCGUGGCCCAAUUAGAUUUAACGUAUGGGACACAGCUGGACAGGAGAAAUUUGGCGGUUUACGAGAUGGCUAUUAUAUCCAAGGUCAAUGUGCCAUCAUCAUGUUUGAUGUAACCUCCAGAGUCACAUACAAAAACGUACCAAACUGGCAUAGAGAUUUAGUGCGAGUUUGUGAAGGCAUUCCAAUUGUAUUGUGCGGAAACAAAGUUGAUAUAAAAGACAGAAAAGUCAAGGCAAAAACGAUUGUAUUCCACAGGAAAAAGAACCUUCAGUAUUAUGACAUCUCUGCCAAGUCAAACUACAACUUCGAAAAACCGUUCUUAUGGCUGGCACGGAAGCUGAUUGGUGAUGGUAACCUAGAGUUUGUUGCUAUGCCUGCAUUGGUGCCUCCAGAAGUUACGAUGGACCCACAACUGGUCAACCAGAUCGAAAAGGACCUCAAGGAAGCCCAAGACACUGCGUUGCCGGAGGAAGAUGAAGACUUGUAAAUGUAAUAUGCUAAAUAAAAUUCUCAGUGCCCUAAGACAUAAGUCAUUUAAGAGCAUAAUGUUUCCUGUAGAUAUUCUGUCAAGUACUGUAUUUUCAUUACAUUGUUUUGCUAAUUAAUUGUAAUAUUUCAAAUGAGAUAAGAAUGUAGACUUGAUAUGAUAUCAAUAGGAAAAUGGUUGUUGCCAACCCAUGUUCACAUUAUACCUUUCAUUCCAUUAGGUUCUGGCAAUCAAAAAGUACAUUUUAACUGUAAAAUUAAAUAAUCUUCACUCCAUGUUAACAUGCUUUAAUUUGAUAUUGUAAGAAUUGCCAUGUUGAAUUUGUAUGUUUAGCGCUAACUAAGUUUAAUUUAAUUUUGGAAUUGUUUCAAUGAGAUCUGAGAUGAAGCACUGUGGUACCCUUGAUCGGUAUUAUUAUUAAAACCAGUAUAAAUUAACAUAUUAUUGUCAAAAUUCAGGAUCGUUUUAUUGUUUGAAUUGUAAUUUAUUCAACUCUGUUAUUGAAGUCAGUUCCUUACACUUUGAGAAAUUGUUUUGUCGUUAUAUGAACAUUGCUAUUUAUUGAAUCCUAAUGCUCUUACAUUAUUUGCAUAUAAUUACUACUUGUAAUUGAUUGCGAUGGUGUAUCAGUGUGUAUAUAUACUCACAAGUCCGAUGAUGAAUGUUAUAAGCUCACUUUUUGUUACAAGGACUGACAAUAUUCAUUGUAAAAUUGUGGUGAUAUACUUUUUGAAUAAAGCUGGAAAAUUAAAA